AUGGCAGAUCUUGAAGAGGCACAAAUAUCUCUCAUUCUUGCUCUAAAUCACCCCACCGCUGUAAUCACGCAUCGUGUCUCAGCUGGCCGUCAACUAAUAUCGUUCCCCCAAAUUCUUCGUAAUCCACAGGAGGCUUAUUCUAUCAGCAAGACAACCAUCGACUUGAUUCCUCUCUUGUCAUCCCGUUCUCUCCAACAUAGUGAUAAACGGCACCUUCUCUCUGCCGCUGUUGGGCUGUCCUGUGAUGCGGCUGCUAUUGCUUUGCACGCCGAGAAAGGUCCACUUAUCGCUACAGAAUUCCUCGAGACCGGCCGUGGAAUAAUUGCGGAUGCUCUUUUCGAGCGAUCUGAGAUUUCCAUCCUGCAACUAAAGCAUCCAGAACUCGCAGGUUCUUUGCUUGAAUUGCUUGAAAAGCUAAAUUUACCACCAUCCCGAGUAUUUGCUCACGCUGACAACCCUGCUAUGCCCCCGGAUACAGAAGGCAGCCGCCGUCUAGAAGCUCUAGCAAAGCUCCACGAGAUCCUGAAAAAUAUCCGUUCCUGCCAAGGCUUUGACCGAUUCUUCCUCCCUACAUCAGAAGCUGACCUGUUAGAGGCUACAGCGUCCGGUCCUAUUAUGAUAAUCAAUGAUUCUAUUAUUGAGCCUAUUCUCGAUAGACUAGGCUUCACAACUCCUCCACUGGAUAACAAGUGGCCAUAUAUCUGGUGGAUCCCAACGGUUCUGUUAGCUCAAUUCCCACUCCAUGUAGCAGGACACCACCUUCGAUGCACUAGCGAAACAGCGCUUGAUCGAGUUAUUUUAUCCUAUAGCUCUUCUAUCAAGGCAAUCAACCAUCCACGUCAACGGGAGCAUCGUGGUUCAGUGCCACGCAUUCCGUCGAACGCCGCUGUCGUUACUAUGCAACGAAUCCCAAAACAAGGGACCCUGAAAUUUGCAUCGGUCGAAGCCGAUGCUGUGCUGGCCAUUUGUCAGACAAUAGGACUGACUCCAUUGAAGCCUCAGCCAUAUAAGUCCCCUGUUCUGUCAGCCUUGGAACAUUGCCACAUCUUUCAUUUCGCAGGCCACGGUAGCACACAUCCUGGAGAACCAUUACAUAGCCAGUUGCUCCUUGAGGACUGGGAGACUCAGCCACUUACUGUUGAAAGUCUUCUUGAGAUUAACCUCAGCUCAAACCCACCAUUCCUCGCGUAUCUUUCGGCAUGUGGGACUGGACAAGUGAUCAAUAAGACAUCUAUUGACGAGAAUAUUCAUCUGGCUAGUGCCUAUCAGCUGGCCGGAUUUCGUCAUGUGAUAGGUACCCUUUGGAGCGUCGACGAUAAGAUAUCUGUGGAUAUGGCUCGAAUGACGUACGAGUUCCUACGUGAUGAGGGAAUGACCGAUGAUUCGGUUAGUCGCGGGCUUCACCACGCCACGCGGCAACUUCGAGACCGAUGGAUUGAGGCCGAGCUAGGUGCUGUAACUAAGGGACUUCAACAUUUGAGGUUAGAAAGAGAUGUUCAAUUAGACGAUGUGGAGGUGGAGCGGAGGCAGGCGCACUGGAUUCCCUAUGUUCAUUAUGGCAUUUGA